CAAAGACCAAAAUAGAAGAAACAGUUAUUGUCUUGUGUGUCCACUGGCUCUGGUCAUCCAUCGUUCAAACUUCACAAACUCAAUUGUGUAUUUUUGCAUUCACAAUCAUAACAAUGGAUCCUCCACCCAAGAGUUGGACCAUCCACACCCGAUCCGAAAUUACGACCAAGUACGAGGUUCUCGAUCAGGUCGGGUCGGGUUCAUACGCCGACGUCUACCGUGGACGGCGCCUUUCCGACGGCGCCACGGUGGCCCUGAAGGAGGUUCACGACGGCCAAUCGGCGUUCCGGGAAAUCGAGGCGUUGAGGGUUCUGAAAGGGUCCCAAAACGUCGUCGUCAUGCACGAGUUCUUCUUGCGCGAGGAUGAAGAUGCAGUGCUUGUUCUCGAGUUUCUGAGAAGCAACCUCGCCACUGUUAUUGAAGAAGCUAAGGGUAAAGGUUUGGGUGUUGGAGAGGUUAAGGGGUGGAUGAUCCAGGUUUUGAGUGGGGUUGAUGCGUGUCACCGGAAUAUGAUUGUUCAUAGAGACUUAAAGCCCGCGAAUUUUUUGGUUUCAGAUGAUGGGGUUCUCAAGUUGGCGGAUUUUGGACAGGCGAGGAUACUUAUGGAAGCUGGAUUUGAUGCUCCCUCGGAAAACCCACCACUAUACGAGCAUGAUGCUUCCAAUAGUGAAAGUUCACUUCAACAUGCUGAAGCUAUUUCUCAAUCAGAUGACAUAAACCAAAGUGGUUAUGUAAAUCAGGAUCAGGGAACCAUGAGUCAUGAAGAAUAUUUUAAGGUUUUAGAUGAGAUGAAAAUCAAGAGCUACUCAUAUGAUACUGAUAAGGACACAAACAUUCAUGAUGGAAACACCUCGUGUCUUGCUACAUGCACAACAAGUGACAUAGAUGAUGAUCUUUGUAAGGGUUCUUUUACAUACGAAGCUGAGGAAGUAGGACGGAAUGAACUUGGUUGUCUCACAUCAUGUGUCGGAACAAGGUGGUUCCGGGCACCGGAGCUACUUUAUGGAUCCACAGAUUAUGGUUUAGAGGUUGAUCUCUGGUCAUUGGGAUGUGUCUUUGCAGAACUAUUGACAUUGAAGCCAUUGUUUCCUGGAACAGCUGAUAUAGAUCAGCUUAGCCGAAUUAUCAGUGUUUUGGGGAAUCUCAAUGAGGAAACUUGGCCUGGUUGUUCUAAACUUCCUGAUUAUGGAACAGUGUCAUUUGGUGAAGUGGAAAAGCCUAUUGAUCUUGAAGCAUGCAUGCCCAAUUGCUCCCCUGAUGAAGUUUCCCUUGUCAAAAGAUUGGUUUGUUAUGAUCCAACUAAGAGGGCCACUGCAAUGGAGUUACUUCAGGACAAGUACUUUAGUGAAGAACCUCUUCCUGUUCCAGUUUCGGAGUUGUGGGUUCCCUUGAGUAGAAAUGGACAAGACCAGGAUUGCCCUGGUGAGUUUCAUGGUUACGAUAAAAUUGCUUCUGAUUCUGAUUUGGAGGACUUCAGCACUAUGAAUAUCAAUAUCACCAAAACUGAGUCUGGACGACGGAUAUGAUGCACCUUGAAUUCUGUUUUAUUAUUAAUAUAUAUUAAAAGAAAUGAAUUCAAGGUGCAUCGUAUUUUUGGAACAGAAUUUGUCAUUUGUGCUGUUCGGUUGGUAUUUUAUUUGCUGAUUAUGUCACCUGUGAAAUCCGCGGUUGGAUUUUUUUUUUUUCAAAAAGAUUUUUUGUUUCAAGGAUAAAUUAUUGAAAGAAAGCAUUGUAAAAUGUGUAGAUUUACCAUCUUGUCCUUGAUGUAAAACUAUUGCCAAGUGCCACAAUUCUGCUCCUAGUGACGACAAGGACGAGAGAUUCUUACUACUGCAUGUCCAUCAAAGUGCUUUUGUAUUCUUCUUUUUUUCCCCUUUUUUAACAGUAUUUUUUUCCUUAUUAUAAUUCCAUUCAAUAUUCGAACGAAAAUAAAUUAUGUACCAAGCAAUAGUAUCUAGUAUCAUGACUAAAUGAAUCUAUUCCAAUGGUCGAUAUUUUGUCAAGUCUCUGUAGUCUUUAAUCUGAAAGUCACAAAGGAUGAUGUGAUAAGAUAGAAUUAUUCUAAUCCAUUACGAGAAGUAUUUUAUCAAAUAAAUUCUUCCCUUAAAAAAUUAUUGAACAUGUUAGCUUCUCAAAAUGUAAGUCGGUUGUUCUACUUUUGCCUAAAUUAUUUUUUGUCAUUAUUUUUUUUUUGGCGUAAAUAUGUCGAUAUUUUUGCAUUCUUUUUAUAUUUACUCAAGAGAAAAGUAAAUAUCAAGGCCCAAAACCACGUUCAAAAAGCAAUAUAUAUGACCAUUGGGCCACAGAAGUACACGACAGGCCCAGAAUUUUUAAUUUAUAAUCAUUAAUGUGUCCACAUUACAGCCUUUCCGGGACCAACAACGAACCCAAGUUUAUAGCUUAGUGCAAGAGAAGGAACCACCAAGUUCUUACAAAAGAAAACCACCAAACAAACUGGUUUUGAUUUUCUAUUGACCCGUUACCUUAUUCCAGCUAAUGAACUCAAUGCUAUUUUGAGAACUACAUUAUUUUAAGAUUUUAGUAAAUACCUUUUUCUCUAAGCAGGAUUCUUAUAAUUUAACGGUGGUUUACAAGAAAUUACUGAUUACCCCUUGAGGCAACUUUCCAUUAACAUAUUCUCAUCAGAUGAAUUACCGAGGGUUUCUUUAGCUCAGG